CAAGUUUCCGAAGGUUAUCAGUAAUCCGAGGUCAACGGAACUAAUUUAUUUAAAGCCGAAGCGCAACGGACUUUAGUACUGAGUAAUUUUACCAGCUGUUUUCUUCUCUUCGUUAAUUUAGCGGAUUUUCAAUUUCUCUUCAAAGCGAAGCUGUGAGAGAUGUCAGAGACAAAAGAGAAAGUAAUUCUAGCAUAUAGUGGUGGUUUAGAUACCUCUUGCAUAUUGUUGUGGUUGAAAGAAAAAGGAUAUCAAGUUAUCGCUUAUGUGGCAAACAUCGGGCAAAAGGAGGAUUUCAAUGCAAUUAGAGAUAAGGCGCUCAAAAUUGGUGCCGCCAAGGUCGUGAUAGACGAUGUCAGAGAAGUAUUCGUAACUUCCUACGUGUGGCCUGCCGUGGCUUGCGGCUUAUUGUAUGAGGGAAGAUACCUUCUGGGUACUGCCAUAGCACGACCAUGUAUCAGCCAGGGGUUAAUAAAAGCUGCGAAAGCUGAGGGUGCCGGUGUUAUCGCGCACGGAGCAACUGGCAAAGGAAAUGAUCAAGUUCGCUUUGAGUUAAGCUGCUACAGCCUGUGUUCUGAAAUCACGAUUUUAGCUCCGUGGAGAGAAGUCGAAUUUUAUACCAAGUUCCAAGGAAGAUCGGACUUGCUGGAAUACGCGCGACAGAAUCGAAUCCCGAUCUCGGCAACGCCGAAGGAACCGUGGAGCACUGAUGCUAAUCUCGUGCACAUUAGUUACGAAUCAGGGAUUCUAGAAAAUCCUGCCGUUUCAGCGCCGAAAGGCCUCUACCAAAUGACCACUGAUCCGAUCGAUUCCGCCUUGAAAGCGGAAGAAAUCGAAAUUAGUUUUAAGAAGGGACACCCGAUUAACGUGAAGAGUCUAAAAGAUGGGAAAUUAGUCAACACUCCCCUCGCAAUAAUCGAGUAUCUCAAUGAGAUCGGAGGUGCGCACGGUAUCGGGCGGAUAGACAUCGUGGAAAAUCGAUACAUCGGACUAAAGUCUCGAGGCAUUUACGAGUCGCCGGGCGUCAACAUUUUGGAGGUCGCGCAUCGAGACUUGGAAGUAUUCACCUUGGAUCGCGAGGUUCUGAGAGUCAAAUCGUAUCUGACAGACAAGAUGUCGGAUUACGUUUACAACGGUUUCUGGUUUUCGCCGGAAUGCGACUUCGUGCGGGAAUGCAUCCAGCAUUCGCAAAGAUACGUAAACGGCACAGUGAGACUGCAGCUGUACAAGGGCAAGGCUAUGGCGAUCGCCAGAUCGAGCGAGGUCUCGUUAUACAAUCAGACUCUCGUCUCGAUGGACGUGCAGGGUGAUUUCGAGCCGGCGGACGCCACUGGAUUUAUUCGCACGCAGGCUCUGAGAUUGAAGGAAUUUCAUCGCUUCAAUAAACAACACAAUGUCUGAUUCAAGACUUUAUUGCGAGUUUCAUAAGUUUCAAUAAAGGACGCACUGCAAUUA